AUGACGCUAUUGAAUUUAACGAAUUCAACCACCAUAUCUCCAAGUAUCAAUCAGACGCUUGUAGCAAUCAAUUGUACAAAUAAUUUCUGGUACACAUUGAAUGAUAGCGCUCCUCUUCUUGGCAAUGUUGGCUCCUUAACUGGUGGUGUCCUAUGCACAGUCGUUCCUCUUCUCGGUCUUUAUUGCAUUUCAACAUCCGCGACUUAUGCAGCAACGGUGUGUUAUCGAACGCAACAAUUGAGUAUUCAACAACGAUGUGUGGAUACUGAUCCGAAUCAACGUUAUGAUUUGAAAAAAUCGAAAUAUACACAGACACUCAUGUAUGCAUCAUUCUAUCAAGUCUCUCAAGUGAAUAGUCAAGCUCAAUGUAACGCACUGUGUUCAAAUGUUGAUCACUGCCUCGGUAUAACAUAUAAGAAAUAUAACUGUACACUCUAUAUUUAA